AUGUCCUCCACUGCAUCCAAUACCCCGUUCGCCGACCCUCUCUGGCUCAACCGGCCCUACAGCCCCUACUACACCGCGUCCCACCGACGCCUACAACGGGAAGUCCGUGAAUACGUGGACACCCACAUUGCCCCCUUCUGCGAGGAGUGGGAGCAACAAGGCUCGGUGCCUGUCGAGGUCCAAACCCGCCACGCCGAGCUCGGAUAUACCGCCGUCGCGGCCUUUCCUCUUGCAAAGGACUAUCUGCAUGGCCAGCGGCUCCCCGGGGAUAUUGAUCCCCGCGAAUGGGACGGGUUCCACGAUCUGAUCGUGAUUGACGAGCUAGCGCGGUGUGGAUAUCUGGGGAUUGUGUGGGCGUUGGGCUGUGGGAACUCGAUCGGUGGGCCGCCGGUGAUUAACUUUGGGGAUGAGGAGCAGAAGAGACGCUUCUUGCCUGAUAUGUUGACCGGGAAGGCGAGGUUUUGUUUGGGGGUGACGGAACCAGAUGCUGGGUCUGAUGUUGCGGGAAUUACGACGACGGCUGAGCGGAAAGGAGAUGUCUAUAUCGUGAAUGGGGCGAAGAAGUGGAUUACCAAUGGCAUCUUUGCGGAUUACUGCACUGCCGCUGUUCGGACAGGACGCGAAGGGAUUCGGGGUAUUUCAGCCCUGGUUAUUCCCAUGAAGGCAGCGGGUGUGACUUGUCGCAAGAUUAGAAAUUCAGGCGUGGAGGCGAGUGGCUCAACGUACAUCGAGUUCGACCAGGUCAGGGUCCCGGUGGCCAACUUGUUGGGGCAGGAAAACCACGGCUUUCCCAUCAUCAUGAACAACUUCAAUCACGAACGUCUGUGGCUGGCUUGUACCUCGCUGCGCAUGGCUCGCGUCUGUGCCGAAGACGCAUACAAACACGCAAUCAGCCGCGAGACCUUUGGGAAGAAGCUGAUUGCGAAUCAGGUCAUCCGGUCCAAGUUCAGCGCCAUGGGCCGCAGCCUCGACUCGGCGUAUGCCUGGAUGGAACAGCUGGUUUACAUGUCCGAAAUGGCGCGAAAGGAUGGCAGGGAUAUCGCGAUGGGAGGAUUGUUUGCCAACUUGAAGGUGUUGGCUGGCAGGACGCUCGAGAUGGUGAAUCGUGAGGCUCAGCAGGUUCUGGGAGGGCUGGGAUACUCGAAGAACGGCCGCGGAGCGCGUAUUGAGCAGAUUAGUCGGGAUGUCAGAGUCAUGGUCGUGGGAGGGGGGAGUGAAGAGAUUCUGUCCGACUUGGCGGUUAAUCAGGAGAUUAAGGCCAUGGCCAGGAAGGAGAGUAAGUUGUAA